CAAGGAUUUUGAGAAGUCGAAAAGAUGGAGUUGGAGAGUGAACUAAAUGAUUGCGAUAUAAUCUUGCAAUUGCUCGAUGAGAAUUUUUUUGCAGAUUCCGCUGAACUUCAAUUAGAUUUCGAGCGGGCAGUAGAUGAGGUUCAAGAGAACAUUGUGGAAUGCCCUGAGUGUCAAAAAGUCUAUAAAACGAAAGGGGGACUCAGAAGACAUCAAAAGGCAAAACAUCCUGAUCCUGGUCAUAAGCCUGAGUCUCCAGAACUUGACCUUACACAGGAUAUUUAUGAAAACUUGGUGAAUAAUGGGGCCAAAUCAUUAGCGUCUGACCUUUGUCUUCCUCCAGCAGAAAGGGCAGCAUUUUUGUCAUACACAUUCAAAGUAGAUAACUGUCAUGCAACAAAUGGACUUCACUUGGCUCAGAAUUUGUUCAAAGUUUUGGUACAUAAAGCAAAUGCUGCGAAGUUUUACAAGGUAUUUUAUGCCCAAUUUGUAGCUAAAGCAAAUUCAUACCUCCCAGAAUUGUCAGAGCAACAAGCAGUUUUCCUUGCAAUGAAAUUGGCAGACAGUCUACUUGUAGUACAGGAAGAGCAAAAACCCUCUGCAGACAUGGGAAUGCCUCAGGUUGAAAUAACGGAAAAAGAAAAGUUGGCAAUGCAGUAUCUAGGUGGAUAUGUGCUUUUUAACCUUAACAAGAAGUUUCAUCAUGCACGGGUUUAUUCUAAAUUAGAAAGCCAAAACUGCAUAAUGAUUCUUCAAGCUGGAAGAUAUCAGGAUGAUUCAUCUCAAAAGCUUAUUGAAUCUUUAAAUCGUGGUGGACUUUGGUACAUCAACAAUAUUGUACAACAGAUAUUACUUGUGACUGAGAUGGCAUUUAGAAGGCAUACAACAAACAUUAUUGCUACUAAAGAGAUAGACACUAAUAAAAUUAUUAAUACACUAGUGAAGGAGGUGGCUAUCAAAGCUCUCUAUGAAAACUGGGUUACUUUGUCAGAGGUAUCCAUUGAUGAAGCUGUGGCACAAGAUCUUUUGGAAAAAAUUUUGUCACUGUACAUUCGUGUUAGAGCUUUUUCUUGCACAAAGGACAUUGUAAAUAAAUAUAGAAAAAAGCAUAAGAAGGAUAAGGCAUUACGACGAGGAUUAAAAAAGGCAGAUGAGGCUGACAAUUAA